AUGUGGCAGGGCAAAGUUUAUGGCCUGGCCUUCCUCAUCAUUUGCUUCAGUGGAGUUUGGCCAUACCUCAAGCCGAUGUUGAUGCUUGUGUGCUGGUUCACACCGCCGUCUCGGCUGAGUGUGGCAAAGCGUCAGGGCUUGCUGAACUUCUUGGAUGCCUUUGGCAAGUGGUCGCUGGUGGACACGUUUUUCAUGGUGGUCUGCAUGGUUGCCUUCAAGUUUGAUCUGAGCGCCACUGAAGGAUCGGGCUUGAUUCAGGACAUCUUCCGCGAGGCAGGAGACGACGCGAACCUGAGGGUCUUCGUGCAGCCAAACCUGGGCUUCUUUACUUUCCUCAUCGCUACCUUCUGCUCACUUAUUGCUGGCCACAUCACAACGGCUUGCCAUCGAUAUGCCCACAAGCUGGGUGAGUUCGGAGUCGAAGAGGAGGACCAGGGCAAGUGA